UGGCGGUGUUCUCAUGAUAUCGGUCACAUCUGAUUACUACCCCUUCUAUAUAUCGAUUUGUUUCAAGCCUGUGAACAAACCAAGGAAGACUCCGGAGAAGAGUCGUUUGUUCCCACCAUGGCAUACGUUGAGAGAGGUGUUAUCAAAGAUAAGAGAUCAAUAUGGCGACUGAAAACAAUCACAGACUUCUUCUGGGCCAUAAUCAAUUUGAUUCGGGCCUUUUUUGCCACGAUGUUUUCGAUGGAGAAGUCUGAAGCCUAUCGGAAAGGUUCCGGUGCCAGCAAGAAAUGGGAUGGUGGUGGUCCAGGAGGUCCAGGAAGUGGCCCAUACGGUGGUGGUCCACGUGGGCCACCCCGUGGAUUAGAUAACGUUAGAGGAAUCGAUCACAGUGCAGCUCCUGCUUGUGGCUCCUGUUGUGGAGGUUAAGGAAGCAGCUUAUUCUCCACAACCGUUGACCGGGUGCACUUCCAUGAUCAGAAAAAUUGCAUAUUGUAAGAUAGGUUUUUCUUUUUUGAAUUGGCUGUGUUAAAAGAGAUUUUAUAUCUCAACCUGGAUGUUUUCCAGUAUAUGAAGACUAAUAUUUUAAUCUGUUAUGUGUAUUAAAGUAUCUUCCGAGUGUCUUGUUUGUUUUCAA